AUGGUGGUCUACUCAUUCUAUAUCUUCGAUCGCCAUGCCGAAUGCAUUUACAAGAAGAAUUGGCAGCUCCCUACCACUGCCGGCGGGAAAGGCUCUCGACCGUCUUCACAAGCCUAUGCCAAUGGAACCGCGAGUGUCCGCACUCCCCUGACGCCCGAGGACGAUGCAAAGCUGAUCUUCGGCACCGUGUACUCGCUCAGGAAUAUGGUGCGCAAACUGGGAGGUGAAGACGACAGCUUCCUGUCCUACCGCACCUCACAGUACAAGCUGCAUUACUACGAGACGCCGACGAGCAUCAAGUUUGUCAUGCUCACCGAUACCAAGUCCGGCUCCAUGCGCAUUGCGCUGCAACAGAUAUACGUCAACUGCUAUGUGGAAUACGUGGUCAAGAAUCCGUUAUCGCCUGUCGAGCAUCCCGGUGGGCUGGGGGUGAAUAAUGAGCUGUUUGAGCUCAGCCUGAGCCAGUUUGUUGAUCGUGUGCUCAACGCCUCUUGA